GCGGAGACAGCCAAACAAACAGACCCGGGGUCGGUCCAAGUCCUCACACCGAGUCCACGCUCCCGACCCGAGUCCGGCUCUGAGUCCUGCCCUGCACCGGGACGCGCCAACACCGGAACCCGAACCUGAAACUGAAGCUGAACCCGCACCGACGCCCCGGAGCCGCUUCCAGCCGAGCAGAGCGCCUCUCAGACGGACCGGAGGGAGCCGGUGUGUCGGUCUUUUGUUCCCCGGGAUCCGGAUCUAAACACACCAGAACCAGAAACAAGUUUCAUUUGGACUUUUUCUUUUUUCACUCCGCAGUUUAAGUUUUAUUCUCAGUUUUAAUUCGGACCAAAGAAGAAGAAGAAGAAGCUCAACAGCUGACUGACGACACGUUGCGCAACUCAGACAAUAAGAGACAAAGACGUCAGAGCUCCCAGUACGACCAGUAUCACCAGGAAACCACUGCUGAUGUUCCCAGUAACCCCAGGAAACCCUCUACUGAUGCUUUCAGUAACACUAGGAACCUUCUGCUCCCAGUAGGAGUAACCAUCUGCUGGUGUUCUUUCCCAACAACUUGUGCCGGUUUUCAGUUGAGCUGCACUUUGUUUAAAGUCAAGAUGAGCAUGGGCGUGGCCACAACCAGGUCUCAGCUGUGUCUGAAGCGGUUAUUGGACGAACCCCAAGACAAUCUUCUGAAAUGUAAACGAAUUCGCUUGGCUCCACCUCUUCCCUCUGUCGGCCUAUCACCAUGCCUCAGGCAAACAAGCCCCGCUCCCAAGACCAGCCAGAGCCAAUCACCAUCCAGGGUGGGACCGUACCUGCUGUAUGAACGCUGUGAGAGGGAGGAGACCUACAGGGCUGUGCACGUGCACACACAGCAGCAGUACACGUGCCAGGUGCUCCCUCUGCGCGGUUACCAGGAACGCUUGGCGGCCUACGACCGGGUCGGUCACCAUGACAACGUGUGCGGCCUGCUGGACGUGGUGGUUGGCCAGGACAGCGUGUACAUCUUCCUGCCCGGUCACCACGGCGACAUGCACGCGUACGUGCGCAGCAGGAAGCGCCUGGGCGAGGAGGAGGCGGGGCUUCUGUUCGCUCAGAUGCUGAACGCCGUGACGCACUGCCAUCGCCACGGUGUCGUCCUCAGAGACCUGAAGCUCCGCAGGUUCGUCUUCACCGACAGAUACAGGACUCGUCUCGCUCUGCUUGGCCUCGACGACUGCGUCCUCCUACACGGUAACCACGACGACGACUCUCUGACGGACAGACACGGUUGCCCCGCCUACGUCGGCCCGGAGCUGCUGACCAAUGGCGGCGGGUCUUACUCGGGCCGGGCGGCGGACGUGUGGAGCCUGGGCGUGUCUCUGUACACCAUGCUGGUGGGUCGCUACCCCUUCCAGGACACACAGCCCGCCGCGCUGUUCGCCAAGAUCCGCCGCGGGGCCUUCAGCCUCCCUGAUUGGCUGUCGCCACAGGCCAAGUGCCUGAUUGGCUGCAUGUUGAGGAAGUCGGCCAGUGAGAGACUGAAGGCGUCCGAGCUGCUCAUGCACCCGUGGUUAGCCAAUCCUGGCGCGCCACAUCACAGCGUGCACAAGAUGCAGCCGAACCCGACGCUGCAGCAGAAACAGGAGGACGAGGACGACCAGGUGGUGCCGACGUGGAGCGGAGAAUAAACACUCACAUGUACUGUAACGAAUCUUGAAACCAAAACCGGAUUCAGACUUUAACGGGAAGUUUGAACCCUGAACCAGACCUUUAACCCUCUGAACCCCAGAACUUCACCACAGGUUUGAAAGUAAUGUAAAUGACAUCAUUUAUCAGAGCUGGAAACUGUAAAAACGGAAAGAAUCACCAGAUUGUCAGCUUUCCGACGGUCCUCGAACUAAACCAUCUGUGAUAUUUCUGUUACAUGUCGUAUUAAAUAGAUUAACAAACCCUUUGCAUUAAUCAGUUUCUGUAAAAAACACUCAAUUUUGAGCUUCUUAUUCUUUUAGAAUAAAACAUUAGCUAUAGUAAAUUCCAGCUUUUUUAAUCCUUAUGAUAGUCCUCUGUGACGUCUGGUUCCAUCGGAAAACUGAACCAAACCUGAGCAUUUAAAACUUAGAACUAACAGUUUGCAUUAACCACUUUCUGUCAAAAACAUUAAAUUCGGAGCUCCUUGGUGCAACCAUGAAACCCUCACUGACUCAGGUGUGACCAACAGACCAAAAACACCUGUGUAGAACUGAUUAUCAAAGAAAUUCAACUUUCCUUUCAUGCGAUUUAUGGCAUUCUGCAUCAAACUGCACACCACACAUUUCUGACUGUUCCUGGUUGUUCUGUUUCCACAAAGCUGCAGGACUUUAGACUGGAGUGAAAAAUGAGUAAAACAGUGAAGAAAAAUGGAACAGUAGCGAAGAAAUGUGGAGUUCAGAGGGUUAAAGCGACUCCCCACAAUAAAAAACCUCGUCGGUCCCCACAAAUAUCGACACAGAAAAGCACAGAAACACAACGGACAGUCUGAUCCUGGAUUACUUGACCCUCAGGUGCCUUCAUCCUUCUGUAUCUCAACAAGGUCUCAAACCUGCUGCUUCUCCUCCACAAAAAACAGAACUGACGGUGCGUUCAGGUGCACCUCGACAACUCACGAAGCUAAAAAUAUCCCAAUCUGUGCCAAUCAGGUUAAAGGAACGUGUGCCCAUUUAAAGCCCAGCAGUUAAUGUCUGCAGUACGCACAUUUCUUGGAACUGGAACGAGAGAAAUCUGAUUCAUUCGGGUAGAUUUCUUAGUCUUUCGUGGCUCGCAAAACUCUAAAAAACGACAUCACUUUCUUCCAGUUAAAACAAGCUUCCAAAGAAAAGAAAUCUGACUACUGCUCUGCUGCACGUUUACACAGAUUUAUGCUACAAUUUAUUGUUCUAUUGAGGGCAAAUAAAAGUACUUUAGUGUGUUCUGCUGUGAUGAAGAAGACAUGAGUUGUUGAAGACACCAUCUAAUUAAAAAUGUGUAUUUUAUAGUUUUUUCUCUCUCCAUGUUUACACUUCUGGUUCUUCCCGUCAUUAUAAGACGCCACCAGCAACACGCAUAUAUUCUGGAAGACAGAAAGAACCAGAGAAAUGACACUAAACCUACUGAGCAGAGACAGUGAACGCAGCGCAAGUUCUCAUAAUCUUGUAAAUUUCACACCAGCUAUCUCAGGAUAAAAGCUUUUUCUUUGUGAUAAUUUGCUCUAAAUUCAGAUUUUGUGGUGCUCAAAAGCAGUUAAUGUAAAAUAAAAAACAAGUAUCACAAUUAUUUUUGUCUAGUUUUGAUGGAAAUCUAUUUAAAUUUUGAUAUUAACCAAUGGUCCCUUGAUAUUUUUAUAUGAUACUUAAUCCAUCAGCAGCUUUUGAAGGCGUUUCAUCUCUGCAAAAUAACCAGAAUUACAUCAGAGAAUCAUUUUGAAGUUUCCUACUGAGCUUUGCUGUGAUAUUUCCCCAAAAUCGCUUUAUUCUUAAUGUCUCAUUUUAAAAAAAGCUACCAAAAAUAAACAGCUUGUUCUAAAAGAUUCUGUAAAAAACAAAAAACUCCGAGUUUAUUGGUGUAACCAGGAAGCCAUGAAGGACUCAGCUGAGACCAACAGUCACGUGACAAAAAAUUCAGGGAGUUUUUGGCUGAACUGCAGGCAGUGUUUACACAAAGCAGAGAGGAGACAAGUUUGAAAACUGUAAAAUGUAAGUAGUAAAAUGUUUGGACAUAGAUAUUCUAGUUUGCAGUAUUUUCCAGUAUUGUUAACACAUGUGGGCACUUGCAAAAAAAAAAAAAAGUUGAACAUGUUUAUUCUGGGUUUUCUGCAUUUUUGUAAAAUAAAUAUGCAACAAAAAUCAA